CCCAGUAUGGAUUCCCUUCCAGCUGUGGGGCCUGGCUCGCUGCCUUCCUCCCCUGAGACCGAUCUUCCGCUCCCGUUGAAGAAGUUUUAUCGGGGUGAACCACUGGCCCUGGGGAUCACACAGAUAUUUACAGGAAUCAUAGGAAUCGUUUUUGGGCUCCUGGUCAACCUAAUAGAUGGAUAUAUGAUUGACUACACAAUGAUAAAGAUGCCCUAUUGGAGUGGAAUCUUGUACAUCAUAUCCGGAUCCUUAGCUGUGGCAGCUGCUCGGAAGCCCAAGUUGCCUCUGGUAAGUAGCCCACUGGAGACAAGUGAAGGCCAUGGCUUAAUCAGAAACCAUCCAUCUCUGGGGUCCUGGCCAGAAUCUCUACCCUCUUCAAGAAAGAUUGAGAAAGCCGCUCAUCCAACACCUUGGGGGGCUACAACCCAUUGGGUUGCCAAUCAUGAGCUUGGUGGAUUUCUGAUGUUGUCAGAUCGCUACCAUCAAAUGGAGCAUCCUGAUGAUUGUGGCUUUUGUUUAAGAGCCUCUCCCCUCCAAAUUCCUGGCCUGAAUUCCCUUUUUGAAAGCUCCAGGUCUUUUGUGGGUCUCUUUAUGCCAGUGUUUGGCAAAGAGGUUCUGUGUCUCCAUCUCUGAUUGAAUGUUCUGGUUGGGUGAGCCAGUUUCUUCCAAGGAAGCAAACGUCUUGAACCUGUCUCUCUUCCACCAUGGUGGCCAGUUGGGCAGAGAAAUGAGAGUCUGUGUCCAAAUUGCACCCCUCAAGAGGAGCAAGAAGGAAUUUAGCCAUUCUUACAAUGGUGUAGAGGGUAAAAGCCUCAACUCUUCUGCCUAAAGCAAAUGCAGAACUGAAAGGCAGCUGAACUCCUCUGUUCCCAUCACCAUCAGAGAAAUCUGGUGAUUGCAACACAGCUACUGUU